AUGGCUUCUUCGGUCUAUGGCAGCAUCCCCAAGAACGAGCCAGGGCCGUAUGAGGCGGUGCAGAAGAGAGGAGCGCCGGAGUGGGAGGCAGAGGCGAAGCGAGGGUUCAUCAUCAAGGUCUACAGUAUCCUCUCCCUCCAGCUAGCGUUCACUGCUGCGUGCUGUGCCGGCGCCAUGUUCGUCACGCCGGUCAACUCCCUCAUGAUCGGCAUCGGGUUCUGGCCGCUCCUCGUCGCCAUGAUCGGCAGCUUCAUCUGCCUCAUCGCCCUCAUCUACAACAAGGUCAUCGAGUCUUGGAUGGUCGCCACGAUCUGCGCGCUGUACCAGGCUGGAGGCGUCGGAAACAUCGUCCUGCUUGCGUGGGCGACAACCUUCGGCAUCUUCGCGGCUUUGACCGCCUUCGUCUUCCUCACCCGAUGGGACUUCAGUGGGAUGUGGCUCUUCCUGUUCGUAGGAACUAUCGUGAUGAUGGUUUGGGGUCUUUGCAACAUGCUGUUCGGGUUUCACGCGUCCUUCGUCUACGGGGCGUUUGGAGCUCUGCUGAUGAGUGGCUGGAUCAUCUACGACACCUGGCAGAUCAUGGCGAGACUCGGCCCGGACGACUACAUCCUGGCCGUCAUCGACCUGUACCUGGACAUCAUCAACCUCUUCCUCUUCAUCCUCGACAUGUUCGGCCGCAACUGA